CGACCUCCCUCACGGCGCUCUUAUUCCCCUCCCCCUGCUGAACCCAUCCAUCCCCUUCCGUCCAGUCAACCCCACAACUCCCCCACAGACAGGCAACAACAGGUCCACCAUGCCAGCAGCUGCCUCAAACGUGUCCCGGGCAGCAGCCUUGCGCUUGGCCAGAGUCUCCGCUGUCAACCAGACGAGAGCAUUGCACUCAUGCGCUUUCCGUGUGGCUUCGCUGUCGUCACGGGCCGCCGUUCCACGGAUGGCUCUUCACCUGGCUUCGCCCGCAGCACCACGGAUAGCUCUCGGUCGGCGCGCCUUCCAUGCGGCGGUUGCGUCUCGAAAGGAUAUUCCGUUCUUGUUGGCCGAUAUUGGAGAGGGAAUCACGGAGUGUGAGCUCAUCCAAUGGUUCGUGAAGGAGGGCGACAAAGUGGAACAGUUCUCGCCAAUCUGUGAGGUUCAAUCCGACAAAGCCGCUGUCGAGAUUUCCUCCCGCUACGACGGUGUCGUCAAAAAGCUCUACUACAAAACCGGCGACGUCGCCAAAGUCGGAGCACCUCUAGUCGACAUCACCACUGACGAGGCCGACACCGACGCCGUCCCGGGAACCGCCGAGCUCAACGCACCUGAAGCCGUGCUUCCUGCCACGCAGGUCGCUCAGGAAGCCGCGGCGGGUGGUAGGGCCCGUACCGACCGCGAUAUGGAGGAGUCCUGGCUGUUGACGACACCCGCUGUGAGGAGGAUUGCGAGGGAGCACAGCAUCGACUUGGUGAAGGUGACUGGGACGGGACCGAGUGGACGGGUGUUGAAGGGAGAUGUGUUGGCGUUUAUUAGUGGAACCAGCAAGCCACGUGCCGCAGAGACCGCCGCACCCCCAUCCGCGGCAACGGCACCGUCAUCCGCACCAGCGAAGCCUGCCGCACCCCGCGUCAUCAUCCCCGCCGGUGAAGACAAAGUCGUCCCCCUCGGCCCGAUACAAAAAGCCAUGUUCAAAUCAAUGACCAAAUCCCUCGAGAUCCCUCACUUUGGCUUCUCGGAAGAGAUCAUUCUCAACGCCGCCUCCAAGCAUCGCGAGGACAUCAAUCACUACCUCAAGAAUAACAACAACGAAGAAUACCCCUUCAAGAAGAUUUCGUACAUGCCCAUCUUCAUGAAGGCGCUAUCCAUGGCGCUGGUGGAGUUCCCGAUCUUGAACGCUCGUUUGAUCAAUGCGGAUCAGGUGUCGACUGCUCAGUUGCAGUACCGGGCGGCGCAUAACAUUGGGAUUGCCAUGGACACGCCACAGGGCCUGAUCGUCCCCAACGUCAAAAACGUCGAAUCCAAAUCAGUCCUCGACAUCGCCUCGGACCUCGAACGCCUAAAGGAAUCCGGUCGCAAAGGCGCCAUCUCCCCCUCGGACCUCAAAGACGGCACCAUCACCCUCUCCAACGUCGGCAACAUCGGCGGUACCCUCCUGCACCCCGUCCUCGUCUCGUCGGAACUCUGCAUCGGCGCGAUCGGGCGCACGCAGCGUUUGCCGAGGUUCGAAACGGUUGUGGAUCCGGUCACGGGACGGGAGACGGAGCGGGUGGUUGCGAAGGAGGUGUUGAAUGUGAGCUUCAAUGCGGAUCAUAGGGUCAUUGAUGGGGCGACGGUGGCCCGGUUUGUGCAGCUGUGGAAGACGUAUUUGGAGCAGCCGGCUGUCAUGACUGCGUCGAUGCGUUGAGAGGAUUGGAGAAGCGUUAGAGAGGCACACCGAUAUGCUUUGGCUUUGACUUGAUGGCUGAGCUGACCCUUUCUGCGAAUCGCUGAUACGGAGGAUUUUGGACUACAUUCCGCCUCUUCCACCACUUUUUUUUUAUUGAUAACGCUCGGCGCAUAUGGCAUGGCAUGGCGCUACAUGGACGGAGCAGUGGUCUUCGCGCAUCGAAGAACACUCUCCCAUCCUAUCCCAUACACUUCAUUCCUACACAUUCAUUACACGACUGCUAGGCUUUAGGCGUAGAUCUGUAGAUUGGCUGAUGGGAAAGUCUAGAGCCUCUGUUCAAUGCUGUAUAACGAAAUGAAUAGUAAACACAUCUCCCUAAACACCUACGAUUCUAACUUGAACGAAGUCGGCCCCGUCCCCACCGGA